GAUAUCGACUUAGCGGUAUCUCUUCCCCAAACCUUAAAACCCAACCCAUCCCUGCCACUCUGCAACCUUCUCCAAUCUAAAACAUCACCAACCAACCAACCAACCAUGGCGACUGAUUCCCAAAUGCCCAUCCCACCCAACUUCUGGGGCGACAUGCCAGAAGAAGAAUACUACGCCUCUCAGGGAGUCCGCAACACCAAGUCAUACUUCAAUACUCCUAAUGGUAUGAUCUUCACCCAUUCCUUCUUCCCCUUGGAUCUCCCCAUCAAGGCCACCGUCUUCAUGACCCACGGCUAUGGCUCCGACACCGGUUGGCUUUUCCAGAAGAUCUGUAUCAGCUUCGCCACCUGGGGUUACGCCGUAUUCGCCGCUGAUCUCCUCGGUCACGGCCGCUCCGAGGGUCUCCGCUGUUACCUCGGUGAUAUGGAGAAGAUCGCCGCCACUUCCCUCUCCUUUUUCCUUUCCGUCAGAAACAGCGACGAAUACCGCCACCUCCCCGCCUUCCUCUUCGGCGAGUCCAUGGGCGGCGCCGCCACUAUGCUCAUGUACUUCCAAUCCGAGCCCGGCACGUGGACUGGCCUGAUCUUCUCCGCACCUCUCUUCAUCAUUCCGGAGCCGAUGAAGCCCUCCAAGUUGCGGCUCUUCGUGUACGGUCUCCUCUUCGGGAUGGCUGAUACUUGGGCUUCCAUGCCGGACAACAAGAUGGUAGGCAAGGCCAUUAAAGAUCCAGAGAAGCUAAAGAUCAUCGCAUCGAAUCCCCGGCGGUACACCGGAAAACCAAGGGUGGGAACCAUGAGAGAGCUUUUCAGGGUUUCUGAAUACAUACAGAGUAAUUUCUCCAAGGUGACGGCUCCGUUCCUGACGGCGCACGGGACGGCUGACGGAGUGACGGCGCCGGAAUCUUCGACGAUGUUGUUCGAUAAGGCGUCGAGUGAAGACAAGACUUUGAAGAUGUACGAGGGGAUGUAUCAUUCGUUGAUACAGGGAGAACCAGAGGAGAAUAGUCAAAUCGUGUUGGGAGAUAUGAGGGAGUGGAUCGAUGAGAGGGUGAGGAGGUAUGGUUCCAGAUCUUCUUAGCUCCUCUGAGGAUUGAGGUCUGAGAGGUGUAUGGAUCAUCAGAUCCACCACCGGAGUGUCUCUGAUUGGAAACUGUAUCACAUUUUCCGGCGAUCCCAAUUGGGACGGGGAAGAUCAAUUAGUAAGAGAAAGUUAAUAAAAAUGAAGAUAGAUUUAUUACUGAUUA